UUACAAAAGCUCCGAGAAGAUGGAUGAACUUCUCUACUUUCAGAAGUACCAUCCUUUUGUCAAAAGCAUGAUAUUGAUGUUCUUAAUAUGGAUGAUGACUUUGUUGCCAAAGGAAGGUUACAUAGGAAAGCUCUUAAGCUAAUUGCUACAGUAAGUGUGGAAAGAGUAUUUUUUGUAAUGAAAAUUGUGAAAAAUCAUUGAAGGAAUCGAAUUGGAGAUCAAUGGAUGAGUGAUUGUUUGAUUCCAUAUGUCGAGAAAGAGAAGAUAAUUCCAUGGUUUCAACACAUGAGAAAGCUUCGUGGACAAGUGCAAAAAAGCUGCGUGUUAUUUAAAUUUAUUUAA